AUGUCUGAUGACGAAGAAGAUGCAAGCGUCUACGAUCAAGAUGACGACUCGACGCCUCCAACAUUUUGGCGUGCCAGUGCAAACGCAGUGGAAGCAACGGACCUAGCAGAACCUGUGACUUUUCAAGACGCGAUCAAUGGUCCUGAUCAAGCUCACUGGCGAAAUGCUGUGAAGGCGGAACUCAAGUCGAUGCAACUUCGUGGAGUUUUCCGUGCGGCAAAACUGCCAAGAGGCCAAGGCGCGAUCGGCACCAAGUGGGUGUUCAAGAUCAAGCGCAAAGCAGAUGGAUCGGUCGAGAAAUUCAAGGCGCGUCUCGUUGUCAAGGGCUUCAAGCAGAAGUACGGCAUCGACUACACAGAGACGUUCUCGCCCGUGGUCAAGUACGUGACACUGCGUAUGGUGAUCGCGAUCACCAAGUAUUUCGACUGGCCACUGGACCAACUCGAUGUGGUGACAGCCUUUCUCUACGGAGUGAUGAAGGAGAAGGUGUACUGCGUGAUACCAGAAGGCGUCGAGAUGGAUGGCGACUUCGACUGUCUCGAGUUGGUGAAGGCGAUCUACGGUCUCAAGCAAGCUUCACGUGUGUGGAACGAGACUUUCGACGAGUUCGUAUGCUUCAUCGGUUUUGAAGUGUCGGCGUUCGACCCAUGUCUCUACAUCAAGGUUGUCGACGGUCACUGUGUGCUCGUGCUGGUCUACGUGGAUGACGUGUUGGUCACCGGCAGCUCGCUCGAGUUGAUUGCGCAGACGAAGGCCGACCUCAAGACGCGUUUCGAGAUGACCGACAGUGGCAAGUGUACUUUUGUACUGGGCAUCGAACUGGUGGACGAAUCGGAUGGCAGCGUGACGAUGUGCCAGCGACGGUAUGUCAACGACAUCCUCAAGCGCUUCGGCAUGGAUGAGUGCAAGGCCACAGCAAGUCCGGUCGACUUGAGCACUCGGAUUGUCGCAAUCAGCGAAGCGGCCAAGAUCGACGUUCCAUUUCGUGAAGCUGUGGGAGCUUUGAUGCACUUGACGACUGCGACGCGCCCGGACAUUGCGUAUGCUGUGGGGUACGUCUCGCGCUUCACGGAGAAUCCGCAGCAAGAACAUUGGACGGCGGUGAAGCGCAUCUUUCGUUACUUGCAAGGGACCAAGUCGCACGGACUCCGCUUCCAGCCAAGCGACAAGAUCGAUUUUCGUGGCUACUCGGACGCGGACUGGGCCGGCGACCACGCUGAUCGCAAGUCGACUUCGGGUUACACUUUCAUGCUGAUGGGUGCUCCUGUGAGUUGGGGAAGCAAGAAGCAGUCAAGUGUGUCGCUGUCGACGAGUGAAGCGGAAUACAUCGCACUGAGUCUGGCCAUCCAGGAAGGCAAGUGGGUGCAUCGCCUGCUAUGCGAGAUUUUGGCGGCCGCAAACGAACCAGGACCGGACCUCGUCAUCCGUGAAGACAACCAGUCGUGCAUCAAGAUGACGAAGAAUCAGGUGAAUCAUGGCCGCGCCAAGCACAUCGACAUCAAGUACCAUCACAUCCGUGAUGAGGUCAAGCGCGGUGAAGUGCAGCUCGAGUAUUGCGAGACUUCCGUGAUGAUGGCUGACAUCAUGACCAAAGGACUUUGUGGACCUCGUCACAAGGACUUGACGACGGCUCUCGGCAUUCGUGCGAGUUCGGAUUGA